AUGGCUUCCCCUCUGAGCUCCGACAUCCCCAAGCCGUUUGGCAGCACGGAGAAGUUGGCUUCGCAGGUCAACCGCGCUUUCGCUGGGCCUGUGCCGGCGUUUGGGGAUCUGGGCAAGGCUGCUAAUGAUCUCAUCAACAAGGACUUCUACCAUACCAGCCAGGCUACCCUCGAUGUCAAGCUCCGCGCUCCCAAUGGCACCAAUGUCACCGUCAAGGGCAAGCAGAACUUUGACGGCGUGACCAGCGGUUCCGUCGAGGGCAAGCACACCCUCAAACCCCAUGGUAGGCACUCACCUCCCUCCUCCUCCUCCUCCUCCACGCAGCAGCCAACCCGCUUCAUCCGCUUUGCCCAACUCCUCACACCACUUCCUGCGCCCCUACGAACGCACCUCUGGCUCUUCAUCACCAGCGCAACCACCGCCGCCCCCUCCUCCGCCCACCAGAGAAUCUCAUUAACCCUAGCCCACCAAACAGGCGUCACCAUCACCCAAGCCUACAGCACCAACUCCCUCCUCGACACCAAAGUCGAACUGAACGACCUCGUCGCCCCCGGCGCCAAGAUCGACCUCCAGAACCUCUGGAACCCGAGCAAAGCCAACAGCGCCGCGCAAAAGAUCAACCUCGCCUUCAAGAACCCCAACGUCCACUCCCGCGCCUUCAUCAACUACGCCCAAUCCAACGGCAACAUCGACGCCGUCGUCGACGUCGUCGCCGGCCACGAAGGCUUUCUCGUCGGCGGUGAGGCCGCCUACGAUGUCCAGAAGGCCGCUAUCACGCGUUAUGGUCUCGCCCUCGCGUACCAGACCCCGAGUUAUACCGCUUCCAUCCACGGCAUGCAGAAUCUGAGCAUCAUCGCUGCUUCCUACUACCAGAAGGUCAAUAGUUCCGUCGAGGUCGGCACGAAGGUCGGCUAUGACGUCCAGGCUCAGAAGGCCAGUGGGUUGGAGUUGGCGUCCAAGUACAAGCUCGACCCGCUUAGCUUUGCCAAGGUCAAGGUCAACGACCGCGGCAUCGCCGCCCUCGCCUACAGCACCAAGCUCAAUGCUGGCACGACGCUGGGGCUCGGUCUCUCGCUCGACACGCAGAAGCUUAAUGAGGCUGGGCAUAAGAUCGGGACUUCGCUUACUUUCGAGGGUUAA